UAUACAGUUUAUGGAGUGUUCAAACCAAAAGUGCAAAAAAAUGUUUGAUUUGAAAUGUCUCGCCAUUCAGCCGGAGAACUUUGAUAAUUUCACCGAAGACUACAAGGAUUCGUGGGUUUGUCCGGAGUGUGCUUGUUUAAAACCGAAAGGCGAAAAUACACAGCGCGGUAGUAGUCCGACAUCACGAAUAACUAGUCCAAUGCCAGUUCAAAAUAACGAUAGUGAGCUGCUUACAGAACUUCGGGGACUUCGAAAUGAAAGUAUGUACUUGAAGAAAAAAAUCUCAAACAUAAAUAGGCUGCAAACAAUAACCCAGUGUGCGGAACAACAAUAUUCAGAGCCACCGAUAAACAUUGACAAUAGUGAUAACAAAAGUGCAUACUCAUUCGCCGAGGCGGUAUCGAGCGAGAUAAAACAAGGUAGACGGCGUAAGGUCUCCCCGGCAACAGCGAAACCGGACAGCGGCGAUAAGAGUGUGGCCACGAAAUCAGCGGUUUCACCGCUCGUCGUGUUUAAUAGCGUGGGUACUCAACCCGAUCGGAUGGAUUCUGAGUCUACCGGGUCUAAGCCAAAGGGUGGCGAUAAUAAGUCGAAGAAGGCAGUUAGCAGGAAAAAUAAUUUUAUGACAGGCGAAAACACAUCAUCUGGAAUUCGGGUCUCGGAACGCAAGAAACAUUUACAUGUAUGGAGGUUAGCGCUCGACAUAACAUCGGAGCAGGUUGAGACACAUGUAUUGAAUGAAUGUGGCACAGAAAUAAGUGUUAAAGUACAGAAAAUUAAACACAAGCACGAAAGAGACUACGCUUCAUUCAUUAUAGGAGUGCCAGAAAAUAAGUUCCAUGUCAUAAAUCAGCCGAGGGUGUGGCCUCACGGAGCCCAGUUCAGCGAAUGGUUGUGGUUUCGCGGAUCAAAGUAUGAAACGGAAGGAAAGUAGA